AGUGUUUUCGCAGUGUUACAGAACAGAGGACACAACAGUGAAAUGGACGUCUCUGCCACGGUGUUUCUGCUCGCGGGGCUCAGCUUAGGUUUGCUGUGGCUGUUCAGGCAGAGGAAGAGUGGUGGACAAUGUCGUUUACCUCCAGGACCUUCCGGCCUGCCUGUCGUAGGAAACGUCCUCCAGCUGGACAAAAAAGCGCCAUUCAAGACUUUCUUAAAGCUCAGUGAGAGUUAUGGCCCUGUAAUGACGUUGCACCUGGGCCCUCAGCGUGUUGUGGUUCUGGUGGGGUAUGAUGCCAUCAAAGAGGCUCUGGUGGACCAGGCAGAUGACUUCACUGGCAGAGGGCCUUUUCCUUUUCUGGUCAGAGCCACCAGGGGUUUCGGUUUGGCGAUUAGUAAUGGAGACCGCUGGCGACAGUUGCGUCGUUUCACUCUCACGACACUACGAGACUUUGGAAUGGGACGCAAGGGGAUGGAAGAGUGGAUCCAGGAGGAGGCCAAACAUCUGGUGGCCCAUAUAAACACUAACAAUGGUGCGUCUUUUGAUCCGAGCUACGUCAUAAGAUACUCAGUGUCCAAUGUGAUCGGCUGCCUGGUGUUUGGUCAGCGCUCCAGCUAUGGCGACGCCAACUUUGACUACAUUCUGCAGACAAUCUCGGGCUUCCUGAAAUUUGGCAGCGGUUCCUGGGGUCAGAUGUACAACGUCUUCCCUCGGCUGAUGGAGUGGCUUCCGGGUCCACAGCACAAACUCUUCGGCAAAGUCGAAGAGUUGAGGGCAUUUAUUAUUGGUAAGAUCCAGGAACACAUGGACACCCUGGACCCAAGCUCACCCAGAGAUUUCGUCGACACCUUCCUCAUGAGAAUGAACCAGGAAAAAGACAUUCCCACAACGGAGUUCCACUAUGACAACUUGGUGUCAACCGUGUUGAAUCUGUUCUUUGCUGGCACAGAAACCACCAGCUCAACCAUCAGAUUUGCAGUGAAUGUGAUGAUCAAAUACCCACAACUUCAGGAGAAAAUACAGCAGGAAAUAGACACUGCGAUUGGACAGGAGCGGUGUCCUUGUAUGGAGGACAGAAAGUCCCUCCCCUUCACAGAUGCUGUUCUCCAUGAAGUUCAGCGUUUUCUCGACCUUAUCCCCCUGAGCAUCCCACACUACAGCCUCCACGACAUCUCUUUCAGGGGUUACACGAUUCCCAAGGAUACAGUGAUCAUUCCUUUGUUGCACUCUGCGCUGAAAGAGGAGAAACAGUGGUCCACCCCGUGGUCCUUUAACCCUCAGCACUUCCUGGACCAAAAUGGCAACUUUAAGAAAAAUCCUGCAUUUCUGCCAUUUUCUGCAGGCAAAAGAUCUUGUGUUGGCGAGUCCCUCGCUCGCAUGGAGAUUUUCCUCUUCAUGGUGUCACUCCUGCAGUAUUUCACCCUUUCUUGCGCUGGAGGACCGGACAGCAUCGACCUCACCCCCGAGCUCAGCGGCUUCGGCAACGUGCCUCGCAGUUACGCCAUCAUUGCCACGCCGCGGCAGUAAGGACAGUUUACAGCUUAACCUUCACGUCUGGAAAAGACACCCUAAUUCCCUGCCGGUGCCUCUGUCUUAUCUCUGCCUGUAACUGUGACAUGAAUGGUCUCUGGUCAUGUUAAAAAUUUAACUUUA